CAGACUUAAAGCAUCAUAUAUUAUUCACUAAAGGCACCUCAAGUAAUGCUGGGAAGUACAAUUAUAAACCAACGGCAGCAUGUCGGACUGCAGAAGCUUGCAGCGCUUGCAGGAAUCGCACAUUCCUCCCUGGGCCCCAAUAAAAGGUACAAGUUUAUCCAAGAUGCAGCAAGCGGGGAGUCAGCACUCGCAGGUUCGUGCUUCCGCGCCUUUGAGAACUUAGAGCUGACCUGCGCGGUGGGUCAGCUGGUUUACGAGACUAUUCAAGCACACCAGAAAGUGUAUCACACAGGGUCGGGAUGCCUGCUGUUUCUUGCAGGAGCGUGGAGCCGCGUUGCUCUGGAGUGCCUUCAGAGAGGAGUUUCAGUAUCACACAUCAUCUCAGCUAUGUCUGAGGGGAUGGACGUAUGCUUAGAUAUUUGCCGAAGAUACAGCAUUUCAACUGAUAAUCUUGGCGUGGCACCAUCAGAUAGCUGCACCACAUCCUCUCCAAGUUCAGGGCUUCAUCUGUCACGGAAACCCAUCGUGGAGGCUUCACAGGAACCAUCAAAUUUUCAAGGGACAAAAAAAAUUGGUCACCAAACGUUGAACAUUAGCAGACAAAGGAAAGUAAAGCUAAGCCGACAUUUUUGUGAGACCAAGUCUGAAGAUGUUUCCACACAUCUGCAGCCUCAUCAGCCUAAGCUUCCAGACAUUGCACACAUUACUGAGGGAUUGAGCCACGGAUGUGCCGAAGCAAUGAAUUUAGUCGUUGAAGCCAGCCGGAUGCAGUCAAAAAGUAAUGACCGAGAUAUGAGAUGUUCUACAUUUGAUGUUACUAAAGUGGUAACUUGUGUGCUGCCUGGUUUACCAGAGGAUCAUGCUUGUGUUUUACCAGGCUGCAUUGUUCUCCUACAUGCUGAACAGGCCGCCGUUGCUUAUCACUUGAAAGAAAAACACCUUAAAGUUGCUCUUAUUAAUGGCGAUUUAUCAGCCACCUAUCACCACCUCGGCUUUAAAAGACCAACAGGUAUACAACGUGUGUGCGACCAGUCAGAUUUGUCGAGUUUACGCAAAGAUGAAGAGUGGCUGGAAAAAGUUGUGACGCUUUUGCUGAGUCUGGAAGUCAACCUUAUAUUAGUCAGCGGUCUUACUAAUGAAAAAGUGAUUCAGCGCUUUUGUAGACAUCAUAUUCUUGUGGUGGAAAAAGUGAAAGCUUCCGUUUUGAAGGCGUUCGCAAAUGCAGCAGGUGCCGUUCCGGUGACAUACACCACACAGCUGAGUAAGCACUGUAUCGGUACUGGAAUUAGGGUUGUAAUAUGGAGGGACCUCGGAAGCAACGAGAGGAAGUUUUCAACAGCUGUGAAUAUUUGCACUGGUGGGAACGAUGCAUUGGUCACAGCGAUCCUCACAAGCUGCGUUCACGGAAAGCUGCAGGCCUUGGAGGAUCAGUUUUGGGCUUGUGCUUAUCGUUUACACCACGCACUGAAAGAUGAAGCCCUCUUGCCCGGUGCUGGAGUGACAGAGAUGCUUUGUAUUCAUCAUCUAGAAAAGCAAGCAGAGCAGUACGUUAAGCACCGCAGAGACAGGAAUGGCGACUCUGUCCAACAAACCAAAGCAGGGGCAGCAGCUAACCCCUAUAGGGGUGUGGUGUUGCAUCUCAUGGCAGAUGGCCUAACAGAUUACAUAUCAACUGUAAUGUAUAACACUGGAGAGAUUUCAAAAGUCAAAGCCAGGACUGCUGUAAGCCAACAACUGCAUGACUAUAAGGGAGGUGUGGGCAGUGCUGCAAAAUUCUCACAGCUUUCUUUGGAGGGUGGAGCGGUGGAUGGUGAAGGUUCCUCCGCUAUGAAAUCUGAUAAAGCAGCAGCUGUAAAAAUCUAUGACAAUCUCUGUGUGAAGCAGGAUGCAUGGAGGAAAGCCUUAGAUCUGGUUUUCCUGGUCUUGCAGACUGAUGCAGAGGUCAUUACACGAGUAGACCAAAACACUGACAGUGUGCAGGCAGAUCUAAUGUUUUUAUGA